CCGAUUCCUACGGCCAAUGAUUUUUUGGAUAUCGUGCUUUCGAAAACGCAGAGGAAAACUCCAACUGUAAUUCAUAAACAGUAUAAAAUUGGGCGAAUAAGACAAUUUUAUAUGCGUAAAGUCAAAUUUACUCAAGAUAGUUUUGAUGAAAGAUUGAAAGCCAUUCUUGAAGAAUUUCCAAAACUUGAUGAUAUUCAUCCUUUUUAUUCAGAUUUAAUGAAUGUAUUAUAUGAUAAAGAUCAUUAUAAAUUGGCCUUAGGUCAAAUUAAUGGUGCACGUCAUCUAAUUGAUCAAGUUGGCAAAGAAUAUGUCCGCCUAUUAAAAUUUGGUGAUUCAUUAUAUCGUUGCAAACAAUUAAAAAAAGCAGCUCUUGGAAGAAUGGCUACCAUUAUGAAACGUCAAAAAGAUAGCCUUUUGUAUUUGGAACAAGUUCGACAACACUUGGCUCGGUUACCUUCAAUAGAUCCAAAUACCAGAACAUUAUUAAUUUGUGGAUAUCCAAAUGUUGGUAAAUCUAGUUUCAUGAAUAAGGUUACUAGAGCAGAUGUUGAUGUACAACCUUAUGCUUUCACUACAAAAUCGUUAUUCGUUGGUCAUACGGAUUAUAGAUAUCUAAGAUGGCAGGUAAUUGAUACCCCUGGUAUAUUAGAUCGUCCUCUUGAGCAGAUGAACACCAUUGAAAUGCAAUCUGUCACGGCCCUAGCGCAUCUUCGCGCGUGUAUCAUGUUUUUUAUGGAUCUUUCAGAACAAUGUGGGUAUAGUGUCACCGAACAGAUAACAUUAUAUCAAAACGUAAAACCACUUUUUGUCAAUAAACCAACAUUUAUUGUCAUAAAUAAAAUUGAUGUCACAAGACCUGAAGAUAUACCGGCUGAAGAACAAGCAAUGCUAAAAGAAAUUAGUGAAAAGGAUGAUGUUCAGAUAGUUCAAUUGAGUUGUCAUACUGACGAAGGUGUGAUGGAUGUGAGAAAUUUGGCAUGCGACAAAUUAUUAGCAGCUCGUGUUGAUUUCAAGCUGAAAGGUUCAAAAAUAAAUGAUGUUAUUAACAAGAUUCAUCUCGCUGAACCGGUCGCACGUGAUGAUAUACCGCGUCCCCCUCAUAUCCCCGAAGGAGUGAAAAGUCGACCUAAGUUUGACAUUAAUGAUCCUAAAAGGCCUAAAUUGGAAAGGGAUUUGGAGGCAGAAGGUGGUGAAAUGUACGAACUUAGAAAUCCAGACUGGAAAAAUGAUAUAAUUCCAGAAGUUAUAAAUGGCAAAAACAUUGCCGAUUUUAUUGAUCCAGAAAUUGAAGAAAAGCUAGAUAUUCUAGAGCGUGAAGAAGAGCGCUUAGAGGCUAAUGAAUAUAACAAUUCAGGGGAAGAUAUGAUAGAUUCCGAAGAGGAAGAAAUGAAUAAAGUCGCUGAAGCGAUCCGUGAAAAAAAGAAAUUGAUUGUACAGGCACAUAGAGCAAGAAAAAUGAUGAAAAACCGACCAAUUAUGCCGAGAAAGGCUACUAAAAGGUCCAUCGAUGAAAUGGAAGAGAGGUUAGGUCAACUAGGCCUUGAUACGAAUGCAGUUCGUGCACGUAGUCAGACAAGAAAACGCAAACGAUCUGAAUCUGUCGGUGUAGAAAUCGUUCGAGACUCGUUGAGCACUGCGAGAAACGCAUCUGUGUCUCGUGAUCGUAGUAGUUCUGGCAUGAACAUUAAGAAAAAGAUCGAAAGUGAAAAACAAAAGAAACUCGCACAACGAAAACCUAAUUUACAUGCUAAAAUUGGUGAAUCUGAUAGAAGUAUUAAAUCUAAGAAACCUAAGCAUUUAUACAGCUCCAAGAGUGGUAUUGGAAAAAGAGAUUGGCGUUAA